AUGGCAUCCAGACAAGCAGGACCAGUGUCAUCCCAGUCACAGGUAAACGUCUCAACAGCCAAAGCUUCCAUUCUGCAGACACAAGCCGAGCAGCGUAGCCGUUUGUUGGACGAGUACUUCGAAAGUACAAAGCUGCUGCAGGUUGUCCAGGACUUUAUGACAAAUCUGGCUGGCUCCUACAAGACUCAGUUUCGACUGCCAGCAAACCCAUAUCCCGAACUGCUCAAGACUAUUCGUAUGCACGAACUCCGGCAAGCUAUUGCUCUUGAUAGCAAUAAAAGCAGCAGUACUCCUCUUACGUUGACAGUGUUAAAUGGGCAAUCUUCAAUGCCUUCGCAAUUCCAAGUGUGUAGUGUGGAGCACGAGCAGUUUGCGCUGCCGAUAUGGGGACUGAAGUCUACCAUGGAGCAGCUUACAGGAGCAAACCUGUAUAGUCUGCUAGAACUGAUAAACUCUGCCUUUCGAAGUCUAGUGAUCUACAAGAAUUUUACGGACGAUGACUGCCAUGUGGUGGCAUACGGUGCAUUAGUUGGUAAUUGCUUUCUUGGUGCUCGAGUGCAGGACCUGCAAUCUUGCUUCCUUGACCUGGAAACUCAUGUGUUCGUAUCUGGCGCCCACUUGGAGAAGACAAUGGCAGUCUUUGCGCGAUUCUUGGCUAAACAAUUGCACGAAACAGUUAAUGCUGUAUCAAGUUUUUCAUCUCUCGGACCAGAGGAAGCAGCAGAGUAUCGUGGUUGUGUUGCCUGCGAUGGAAUCACGAUAACUCCUUUGGAAGAAGAAGGAGAACCAACUGUGUGGAACAUUGAUCGUGUGAAGGAAAGUCGCAUUUCUUUCACCAAUGCUGUGAAGACAGCACUCGUGACAAACUCGCUGAUCACUCUUGAUCGAUACGACGCUGUAAAAUCGUCCGGCUCCAACCGCAUAUUCUUGUGUCGAACUGAACAAGUAUUUUUCUUUCACUUCACUGCGGAGAAAAUGGGCAAGCCUGUCAAAAAUGUAACUGCAAACUUGAGGAGAUCAUUUCUUGUCGGAAGCCGCGCACUAGCUGCUGGUAUUUACUUUGAUCUGCAAGGUGCUCUCGAGGUCACUGCUAGAUUUCGAAUGCAGGCACAAAUUACACUAGAAGAAGAACGAAAGAAGCAGCCCCAGAAAAGGCAAGCAGGAAUCUCUACUACCCAGAGUUUUGCAGAAAUUUCAAACAUAAGGUCACGAUCAGGAUUCGUUGGUGUGUUGCAGGAUACAGUUGAUGAACUUCGUCGAAUCGGUCUCUCAAACGAAAUCUUGCGUCAGCAAUUAGACAGUCUCGUAUCAUGCUUUGCAUUUAAUCUCGGAUAUCUCGUUGAAGCGCAUCAAGUUUUGGAAAGCAUUCUUUGUCGAACCAAAUGGUUUGGUGGGACGGUGGCGAUGAUUCAGGCUAGUUUUACGAGUCUAGGCGCUCGGAUGAAGACGCUACUGGAAGAAUGGGAAACCUCUGCACCGACAUCUACAUUGCAGCCUAUUUGUUUUAUCAUUCGCCACUUUAGUUGUCUGAUGAAAAGUGUAUCUUUGUUUGAAGAUGAUCGACAGAUCCAUGAGUUUGUGGAGGCACUUCGAUGCGUGAAUGAAUUGCUGCUCAUAGUCGUUCGAAUUGCAUUCAGUGACUUUAUUCGUCUUGCAAGAACAACCGUACCACCACUAGUAGCUCCUGCAACAGCAAAUGCGGCAAUUAAUGUGGAGCCCGGGAGCCUUGCCACUGUGGAUGAAAUUGAUGUGCCCAGAGCGCUUGAAAUUACGAUUGAGGAGCGCAAAUAUCCAUCUUCGAUUGUUUCUGAGGCCAUAUUUGCGCAAGCAAUAAUCGACUCCUGUCUUGACGUCGCUCUUGAAAGUGCCGUGAUGAAUACUGUUGCCUUUCGUCUUCCACCAAACCCGUUCACUGACAUGUCGAGUAACCUGCAAGUUUUCGCUCUUCGCCAACUUGUCUGGAAACACAAAGAGCAGACAGUUAUAUCAAAGAAUAUCACCAAGGUAGCUGAGUGUGGAUCACUGGGGCUGUUUUCAAUGGGAGGAGUAAAUGCUUGUGCUCUCAAUCCAAAGUUGCUGCAGCUUGUCGAUAGCGACAAAAUUCGUCGAGCUCAGCGGUGGCUCCUGGAUUACCACGUUCUCCACGAAGGCAUCUACAAACCAUCGAAGAGCUCUUACUCCGUUGCAAUUAUCCCAGUGGUUCUCGUCUUCCAUCCAAUUCUUUUCGCAGCAAGUCCAAAUUACACUGAAGAAUUUGCGUCCGUGAAGGAAAUUGAUGCUAUCGAGCAGUAUGUGGUAGAAGGAAAAGAGAUUGCCCAAGCACGUCUAUUCUUUAUGGAAGCAGUACGUUUAGACCUGCGACGUAUCGCGUCAUAUUGCUGCUCCAAUGGUAGGAACUCCUGGCAAUUACAAGCAAGAGCUCGAGUGCUUGACCCUCGCGGACAGAUAGUCUCGGAGCUUCAUCUCUCUCCGUCGACAAUGGAAGAUGCUCUGGCUGGAAGUAUUAAAGAAGCUACGCGAACGCAGUUCCUCGUGCAAGUUGCUAUCGAAGUUGCGGAACUGAAGACCCAAGGUGAUUAUAGUAGCAUGGUGGUUCACAAAGUAACCAAGGCGUACGCAUUCCACCAUCAUUCCACGGGUGAUCAUGAUAUGUCCCAAUCUUCAACUCAAUUGUCUCGUUUGAUGUCAUUUCGAGUAUGUGAAUACGGAGUUUUCUUUUCAAAAGAGAAUGCACUGCUGAGCUUGGAUCAUAUGGAGUUGGAUGCAAGUCACGCGCAAGGCUCUCGAAUACCACGAAAUACAUGGACUCCGUACGCAUCGGAGGCAUACAACUACGACGACAGCUUCCUAAUCUGCCAGCUCGGUGUCGUCCACACUCCAAAUAGUGGCAGUCCACAGCAAGAUUUUGACAACGAACACACGAAUCGACUAAUUGGGCAUUCCGAUAUUUGCCAGCUUUACUCAUUGGAACAAUCAGUACGUUGGCUCUUGGAUGCACUGCAACAAAAGUUACAACAGCUCAUGCAGCCGAGAUCUCGCAAGGAUGAUAUUUUAUCCGGCUUGUCACCGGCGACAGUGUUUAAUAUUCACCAGCGUUUGGUACUCCAAAUCAUCGCGCAAGUGGAGCGAUUAAUAGUUCCACUGAAUUAUCAACUCCAUUUCUUGCAUAACCUCUCUGAGCCCCUCGCUACUCUUCAAAAGCACGUCGCCCGAUGGCAGACUAUCCAGCAUCCAACCGAAGAGCAACUAGAUUUUCAAAGCAACCAGCAACACAAAACACAAGAUCUCCUUCCAACUCCCCGUGGAGAUCCUGUCAGCAUCACCAACGAGUUGGUAGAUAGCCUUCGAACGACAUGGGUACUCGUACUAUUCCUUCGCUUUUCGUACCAGCGUGUUUUCUUUGCCAAUGCUAUCGAUAAUGCAGACAUUCAACGAGAGCAGUAACCAGACAUGCGAACAACAAUCGUCAGUAAAAAAAAUUAAUGUAUACAGCCACCUAACUUAAUCGUC